CUGGGAGGGACACAGUUCUAGCCUCCAUGUCUGUCUUCCUCUGGCCAUUAUAGUCUCCCUCUCUUUUCUAUUGUGUGACUAUAUAUAUAUAAUCACUCUCAUUGUUGUGAAGAGACAAGAAUAGAGCAGCUAACUUUCAAACCCUCUUUCUCAACUCAACAAACAUGGGGAGAGCUCCUUGCUGUGACAAAGCUAACGUUAAGAAAGGCCCAUGGUCGCCGGAGGAAGAUGCCAAGCUUAAGGCUUAUAUAGAGGCAAACGGCACCGGUGGCAACUGGAUUGCCUUGCCUCAAAAGAUAGGUCUAAAGAGAUGCGGCAAGAGCUGUCGUCUUAGAUGGUUAAAUUAUCUUCGACCCAACAUUAGGCAUGGUGGGUUUUCAGAGGAAGAGGAUAACAUCAUUUGCAGCCUUUACAUCAGCAUUGGAAGCAGAUGGUCUAUAAUUGCAGCACAACUGCCCGGGAGAACUGACAAUGAUAUUAAGAACUAUUGGAACACAAAGCUUAAAAAGAAGCUCCUGGGCAAACAGACAAAAGUGCAGCAAGCUCGGAGCGCUAGCUGCCUUAGCUUUAAGCAAGAAAUGAAGAGAGAAAGUGAGAAUUAUAGGGUUCCUGGAAUGGUGAACCAGGCCUCAGAUUGGACACUGCUGUCACCACCAGUCAUGCCCCUAACAAGCACAAACCAAGAUCUUUAUCUUAGAGACCAAGAUUCCAUCAGGAAUAUACUUGUCAAACUAGGAGGAAGAUUCUCCGAUGAUCAUCCACAAUCAAGCACCACAUCCACCACCACCAAUCCAAUGAAUUUUCGAUACCCUUUUGAUGUUUCUUUUUCUCAAGAUCAUCAGCUAUACGAGGAUUCCAUGACCAUACUUUCAUCUGCAUCUUCCAUUAGUCCCUUAAAUAGUACUUGUUCUCAAACAAACAGUACUACCCAUUUCAGUAUAAACCAGGUUGGUGGUCCUAAUGAUAUGAUUCAAGGUCUUGAUGCUUUCCAAGCUGAGCUAAGUGAGCUGAUCUACAGCAACAAUGGAUUCGAGGGUUUGUAUGGAACAGACAACAUGGUUGGUGGCAGCAGUACUGGGACCAGUUCGGUCGAAAGUAGCAGCUGGGGAGACAUAAAUUCACUAGCCUAUCCUCAGUUUGUCUCUGGGUUUGAACCUUGCCAACACCAAAGCAUCCCAUAAGUUUCUAACUUCGACGAAUCAAGCUACUUCGGGCCACAAUAACAGCAUUGUAUACAUGGAUGGUGUAAAUUUGUAUCGAUUAGGGAAUUAAUCUGGUUUUUAUUGGAGAAUUUCAGAACAAAAAAAAAAAGCCUAAUGAAUUCAUGCUGAACAAGAUUAAUUCGUUUUUGUAA